UUCUCUACCUGCGCUUGAGGCAAGGUGUGGAGAGACAGGGCUGGGGGUGGGGCCGGGUCGUCAGGGCGUCUGAGAGGGAAGACCUCCCUCGGCCCCCUACCUUUUACACUGGCUGAGUGGACACUAAGAUGGCUGCCGUUGCCAUGGCACCCAACCCCGUGCAGACCCUUCAGGAGGAGGCGGUGUGCGCCAUCUGCCUGGAUUACUUCACGGACCCCGUGUCCAUCGGCUGCGGGCACAACUUCUGCCGAGUGUGUGUAACCCAGCUGUGGGGAGGGGAGGAUGAGGAGGACAGGGACGAGUUAGACCGGGAGGAGGAGGAGGAGAAUGGAGGAGGGGAGGAGGAAGUGGAGGCUGUGGGGGCCGGUGGGGGCUGGGACACCCCCAUGAGGGAUGAAGACUAUGAGGGCGACUUGGAGGAGGAGGUCGAGGAGGAAGAGGAAGGUGUGUUCUGGACCGGUGGCAUGGGCGGGUCCAACAGGGAUAACAUGGACAACGUGUGGGAGGAGGAGGAGGAGGAGGACCCGGACUACUACUUGGACAUGGAGGAGGAGGAGGACCAGGACUACUACUUUGACAUGGAGGAGGAAGACCCGGACUACUACUUGGAGAUGGAGGAGGACGAAGAAGAAGUGCUGGAGGAGGAGGAGGAGGAGCUAGACCCUGUCACUUCACUUCCCCCGCCUCCAGCCCCUCGGAGGUGCUUCACCUGCCCCCAAUGCAGAAAGAGCUUUCCCAGGAGAAGCUUCCGCCCCAACCUGCAGCUGGCCAACAUGGUCCAGGUGAUCCGGCAGAUGCAUCCAGCACCUGGUCGGGGGAGCCGUGGGAACGAGCAGGGCAUUUGCCCCAAACACCAAGAGGCCCUGAAGCUCUUCUGUGAAGUGGACGAAGAGGCCAUCUGUGUGGUGUGCCGAGAAUCCAGGAGCCACAAGCAGCACAGCGUGGUGCCAUUGGAGGAGGUGGUGCAGGAGUACAAGAUCGGGAAACAGAGUCAGAGAGAUUUAAGUAAUAUACACAGGGCCACACAGCUGCUAGCCAAACUGCAGGGGCAUGUGGAACCUCUGAGGAAGCACCUGGAGGCUGUGCAGAAGAUGAAAGCCAAGGAGGAGAGGCGGGUGACAGAGCUGAAGGUGGUAUCCACCAUCCCCUUUGCAUCAUCCCAGAGCCAGAUGAAGUCAGAACUGGCAGCUGUGGCCUCAGAGUUUGGACGGCUGACAAGGUUUCUGGCUGAAGAGCAGGCAGGGCUGGAGCGGCGCCUUCGAGAGAUGCACGAAGCCCAGCUGGGCCGGGCGGGAGCAGCGGCCAGUCUUCUGGCUGAGCAGGCUGCCCAGCUGAGCCGCCUGCUGAACGAGGCCCAGGAACGGAGCCAGCAGGGGGGCCUGCGGCUGCUCCAGGACAUCAAGGAGACUUUCAAUAGGUGUGAAGAGAUACAGCUGCAGCCCCCAGAGAUCUGGUCCCCUGACCCGUGUCAACCCCAUAGCCAUGACUUCCUGACAGACGCCAUCGUGAGGAAAAUGAGCCGGAUGUUCUGUCAGGCUGCUCGAGUGGACCUGACACUGGACCCCGACACGGCUCACCCGGCCCUGAUGCUGUCUCCUGAUCGCCGGGGGGUCCGCCUGGCAGAACGGCGGCAGAAGGUUGCUGACCAUUCCAAGUGCUUCUCAGCUGACUGCUGCGUACUGGGGGCCCAGGGCUUCCGCUCUGGCCGGCACUACUGGGAGGUAGAGGUGGGUGGGCGGCGGGGCUGGGCUGUGGGUGCUGCCCGAGAAUCAACCCAUCAUAAGGAAAAGGUGGGCUCUGGGGGUUCCUCUGUGGGCAUCGGGGAUGCCAGUUCUUCCUCACGCCAUCACCACCGCCGCCGCCGCCUCCACCUACCCCAGCAGCCCCUGCUCCAGAGGGAAGUGUGGUGUGUGGGCACCAAUGGCAAACGUUACCAGGCACAGAGCUCGACGGAGCAGACACUGCUGAGCCCAAGUGAGAAACCACGGCGCUUCGGCGUGUACCUGGACUAUGAGGCUGGGCGCCUGGGCUUCUACAAUGCAGAGACUCUGGCCCACGUGCACACCUUCUCGGCUGCCUUUCUGGGCGAGCGUGUCUUCCCUUUCUUCCGGGUGUUCUCCAAGGGUACCCGAAUUAAGCUGUGCCCUUGAUCAGCCUACCACCCGCUGGGGCCCCUCUGGUCAGCACUGGUGGGGCGGGUGGUGGUGGAGGGUGGCCCAAGUUUUGGGGCUAAAAGGCUCCCUAAGUUUUCUGCAUUGCUUCCUGCUCUUCCUUGACCCCCCCUUUUCCCUGUAGGAGCCUAAGGAACCUUUCUGGCCUCCAGCUCUGCCUCACUCACCUGCAUGGGUCCCUGAUAUCAGCUGCCUAGUCUUCCCUACCUGUCCACCCAGGGACCAAGUUUGAGUAGGGGAGGGAAUAUUUAACUUUAUUAACUUCUCUUUACCCAUCCCUGCUUUUCAAUCUUCAUACCAGUUCCCAGGCUGGAGGAUUUGGGCAAGACACGACUAUCCCCAUUCCAAUUCCAUUUUCUAAUGGAAGUUUAACUAUGGAAUUUGGAGUUUUGAGGGGAGGCAGGCUGGGCAAAAGGUAGAGCUGGGUAAUAAAGAACCAUCUCCUCUGGGAAAGGAAGGAUUCUAAACUUCUAUCCCAAUUUCUACCUCCAUAGACUGGCCAGAAUUUAGUUUCAGUGAGAUCCAGAGUGGUAGACAUGAUUGAAACCACAUACCAUUAUACCCCCCCCACCCCCAGUAAAUUAUUUCCUCACCCUUCCCCAGCAAACCACACCCUGCCCUUUUCACUGCCAGACUCCUUUCCCCUUUGUUCAGCAGAGGUUCAGAUUUCCAUCCUCUCAUGUCUUCAGUUUCAUUUGAUGAGCUCUGAUGGGGAGCAGGGUUUAGGUCCCUAGGAGAGCCUUGGGUAUAAUAUAUUUUUCUAGUAACCCUUUGCCUUGUGUCACUUAUCAGCUUUUGUCCUGUGCUUUGAUGGCCCAGGUCAAUUAUGUUCCUGGGGGAAAGGGAAGUUGGGUUGUGGAAAUAAAAAGGAAAAAAGCUUUAUUUGC